GUAAAAUUUUAAUUUUGGUUACGGUGAAUGUAAAUUUAUUGUAUUUUGGUAUUAAAAUGACAAAUUUGCCGAGUAAAAGGGGAUAGCUUGAGGAGUUGCUGUUGACAGGAUCUGAUGAAAUGGUGAAGUGGAGGUACUGCUUAGUUCUGGCAGUUCUGCUACUACUUCCGUUCAGAACUGAGACAGAGGAAGAUGAUGAUGACGAGAGAAAUGAAGAUGAGGAUGGUGAGGAUGAUACUGAUGGUGAAUAUAACGAAGAAGAUCAAGGCAGUCCCAAAGUUGGACAAGGAGUAGAGAGGACAGCUCCUACUUUGUUAUUACACACAACUCGCAGUUCACCUGUUACCAGGACUACUAAAAAGCGCCCCCUUGAGUGUUAUGUGUGUGCUUACAAAUCCGACACGGCACUACGAGCAUGCCUGGAUCCUACCAAGUACAGGGUGCAUACAAUGACAUGCCACAGCUCGGAUGACAAGUGCUUCACGUCCGUCACGUCUAAAGACAGUUCGUACGAGGCAGUAGUCCGCGGAUGUCGGUCAGCGUGCAUUGGCUCACCAGAGAUCACAUGCUGUGAGCUGAAUCGCUGCAACCAUCAAGCGUUUGCGAUGCCCACAAUGGUGGCCCCUCACGGCCUGGUUCAAGAAAACAAAGCAACGAAAUCCCUCCAUCCAUCCGUCCUCUUCUUCGUGACAAUAUUACUAGUCUUGCAGACGGUCGUCAAGGUGUCAUUUGUAUAAACAUUUUAUGACAGCAGAACAAAUAAUCUUAUAAAGGUCAUACAUUCAUUUGAGAGGACUCUCAAUUGUUCUUACUUAGCUAUUUCUGAGGCAGCAGCAGCUAAUAUCAUGCGACCUUUAUGCAAUUGUUUUAAUGCAAAGCUGUCAGUUUUAAAAAAAGAAUCUCUUAACUCAAAUCAGCUCUAAAAGUACUGGUCCGCAUUUUACAAUAGUUUAUGAGAAGAGAAAAGUAUAUCUAUCGUCAAUUAAGUUUAGGUUGGGAUUCACCGUAAGCCAUAAUAAAAUAGAAAGGAUGGCCUUAUACAAAUACUUAUAUUUUAAUUAUUUUUUAUCUUUACCUACUGAAUAGUAAUCUUACAGGCGACAGAAGUCAUGGGUGUACUAAAUCAGUGCUAUUUGCAGAGCAUGUUUAUAUGAAACGCCUUGUCGUGCCUCUAGAGCUGUUACGAUAUUAAAAUAAUACUGCUUUAAGCGAUAGCAGUAAGCCCCCAAGAGAUGAAUAAUGAUGCCAAUAAUAAUAAUGUUGGGAUAACGUCACGUGGAAUUUGUAGUGGAUGUGAUUGUAAACUGUUUUGUAUCUUUUAUCCAUAAUUUUGAGAUUGUAUAAUAUGACGUUUACGAGAGUAAUAAAA